AUGGGCAUGCCCGCCGUCGGCGACUCCAGCAACAUGGGUGCCCAACUACAGAAUGCAGCGCAAAUGGUACAGCUGCAACUGGCCGUCGCCUCGACCCGUUGCCCUCGACGUCGCGCUCCCUUGGCGCCAUCGGGCAAGCAGACACUUCCUCCCUCAUCGUCCGUGCCAGCCAGCCCCGGAGGCGCUCACGACGCAGCCUUGUCGUCGGGCGUCACUACGACCGUGGUCAUCGCGCCUUUCUUCACAUGCCGGCCAUCUCCCUAG